GAAGAUUUUCGAUAUUCAUUCAACAAAACAUGAUAUAACCUCGUCGAUCCUAUCUUUGCAUUCACUAUUUAUAACCGACCGUAGACACAAAGCGACUGAGAUGAUUUCGGAUUGAAAAUCUCAUUCGCAAACUAUGAGUGGGACUUCCGAAAACAAUAACGUACAAAGACUCACUAUGAGUGAGACUUCCGAAAACAAUAGCGUACAAAAGCUCUGCACACACAGGAAAGAUCAUGUGCCUGCUAACGUAAACGUAUCUAUAUUCGAUUUGAUAAAGAUUGAGGGCGAAACAGACAAUCACGCUAGCACAAUACAAAAAGCGGACAAUUGCCAGACAAUUUCGGAAGGUACGUUGAUAAAGCCAGUGGCUCGUAUUGCGAAUAGCCCUAUGGGUAACAUAGAUCCGGAAGAUAAAACCACAGGCGUUUUGGAGCCUUUAAUUACCUUUCAAAGAGUAUAUAGAACAAAAACUAUAACCGAGAAAGAUUACUUACGGCUGUCGUACUGGGUGUCUGGUAUCGGCUUCAGCGUAACAACUGUAUGGUUCGUUGCAACCUAUGUAGCCUGCGGAAUCUUGAUAGAGCAUCAAUCCCUGAAGCCAUCUGAAUUUUCACCUGGGGUUUUGCCCAUUUUCCAGUUAAUCAAUAUUGGUUCCACUGCUUUACUAACCAUAGUGCUCUCGGGGUUAUGUUUGUGGAAAGCGCAGUACUCACUGGUGAAAACUCGAGGAAAACGGAACUCAGCAGGCCUUUCGCAUGAGGAAGAGAGGAGUUAUGAAUAUGGCGGGAACGUCAAUGACUACACAGACCUCGGAUAUAGCAAUAAAGCGCCAGCAACAGGACAGCCAAAGAAGAAGCCGCUACCGUCAACGUCCAUGUACGAUAAGAACCGUUCAGACUCAUCCAGUCUGUAUGACUCGCUCAAUAGAUCAGGUGCGUCCCGUACGCUGAGCAGUGAUUCGUUUGCACAUCCGCGCGACGGCUCAGUGACUGAUAAAGAGGCGCAGAAACGGGCUGAGUACGAUCGCACCAUAACCGUAUACGGCUUUGGCCCAGAGAAGAUAGCCACAGUACUCACCUACUUAGAAUAUAGUGGGAAGGUAGAGGAAUCCUGGUCGACAGACGAUCUGAAAAACGGCAUACAUGUGCGUUUCGAUACGGAAACCAGUGCACGCCGAGCUCUGGGGAAAAAGGGGGUGAUGGUCGAUAGCGAAACUAUGAUAGGAGUCUGCCCCUACGAUCCAUCACGGCAUCAAAGUCAGCGCAAAGCAAAAGUAGCAACCGGAAAUGUGGGUGUCGACAGGUUCGAUCUCCAUGCACUGGAUUACGCCGACAGAGCAAGAGACGAAUACCGCAUCAACCCCAAAUACACAGACACGGGCCGAUGUUGGGGUUAUAUUAACUCAAUAUUGGACUGGAUGUUUGGCUUUUGAGCAUUUACAACAACCCUUUGUAGAAAUCUUCAAUAAAGUACGCCUGUGAUUGAGGAAAUCCACGAGCAGAUCUAUCAUCG